GAAAUUGCCUCUACAAAGAUGGCGGGUGCCGGUUCGCCCUUGGUUUCUAUUCGUUUGCUAUGGAGGGUACCUAGUUAUUGUCGGACGAGGGGGCUGCUUGACGAUGUGCGGUGGGGGACGUUUGGAAAUCAUAAAAUAUCCCGGGCGUGGAAUGCAGGGAAAGCUUUCAUUAGCCAAGUAGCUGAAACUUCUGCUCCCAUUUGUGACAUAAACACUCAAGCGAAAGCCUUACAGAAAUGUACAGGACCAUUACAUCACUAUGAUUAUCUUGUAAAGGAAGCUUCACUGAGGAAAGAUGACCAUCAACGGAGAGUAAUGCAGCAUUUGCAGACUCUUCAUGAAAACCUAAAGGGAUACAGAAAAGACUCUAAAGGUGUCUUGUCUAAGCUUUUUGCAAAAAGAAAGACUCAAAAAGGACUCUAUGUCUUUGGAGAUGUUGGUACAGGAAAGACUAUGGUAAUGGACAUGUUUUUUGAUCAUGUUGAAGUUGAACAGAAAAAGCGAGUACAUUUCCAUGGUUUUAUGCUUGAUGUACAUGCAAGAAUACAUCGUCUCAAGAGAAAUUUACCAAAGAGGAAGGCAGGAUUUAUGGCCAAAGCCUAUGAUCCAAUUGCGCCAAUAGCUGAAGAAAUAAGUGAUGAAGCCUGCCUUCUGUGUUUUGAUGAGUUUCAGGUAACAGACAUCGCUGAUGCCAUGAUCCUGAAACAACUGUUUGAGAAUCUAUUUCUAAAUGGAGUUGUCGUGGUGGCAACUUCCAACAGGCCUCCAGAAGACCUCUAUAAAAAUGGACUUCAGAGGGCAAACUUUGUGCCAUUUAUUGCUGUGCUAAAGAAUUAUUGCAGUACUGUUCAGCUGGACUCUGGAAUAGACUACCGAAAGAGAGUUCUCUCUGCUGCUGAUAAAGUCUAUUUCCUCACAAGUGAAGCUGAUGUGGAGGCUGUCAUGGAUAAGUUGUUUGAUGAGCUGGCUCAGAAACAAAAUGAUGUAACAAGACCACGGAUCCUGAAACUACAGGGCAGGGAGCUGAAGCUGCAUAAAGCCUGUGGAUCUAUUGCCGACUGUACAUUUGAGGAACUGUGUGACCGUCCUCUGGGCGCCAGUGACUAUCUGGAAAUGUGUAAAAAUUUUGACACCGUUUUUAUCCGAAGAAUUCCACAUCUGGACAUGACACAGAGGUCUCAGGCUCGACGUUUCAUUACUCUUAUUGAUGCUUUUUAUGAUCACAAGGUUCGGGUUGUCUGCUCUGCUGACAGGCCUUUGCAGAGUUUAUUUCUUCAGAAAGUUCCUAAAGUAGAAGAAGAAAGCAAAAUUCUGCUGGAUGAUCUGGGCCUGAAUGAGGAGUUAUCUGGGGGCCUCUCUAUAUUUACUGGGGAGGAGGAGGUAUUUGCGUUCCAGCGUACCUUAUCUCGACUGACAGAGAUGCAGACUGAACAAUACUGGAGAGAUGGAGACAGAAGUCCGAUAUAGUGAGAGACUGACAGAUAGACACAUCUCAUAGAAAAGGCAUUUUAUUAAUAAGAAGUGUACCUCUCGUGUUUCAUUUUGCACUCAUAUCUCAGGACCAAUCCAGGAUCAAUUCAAAUCUACUGAGCACAAUAGCAGAGCCAGAGACUGCAAGCCUUAAGCUCAUUCGAAAGUAGGAGCACGUGCUUGACUGCUUUUUGUUCCAUUUUAGCUUUGAGGCCUGUGGCACAUAGGGCAGAUUGCUGGUGCUUUACCUGUGCCUAAUUUUCCCACUGUGGCAACACUCCCAGAAGAUAGUCAGCACCUAAAAGCUCUGAUCCAGGACAAGACUGUUGCUGCCUGAAAGCUCUUUAGUGUGGGUAUUCAGCCUGCAGUUGGCAGACGCAAGUGCUUCCCAUAUUACUAGUAUUAAAUGGUUGAAACGUCAGUGAUCAUUUACUUGUACGCCAGGCUACUUGCAUUCAUCAUACUGUACUAUGAUUUCAUGGUUGGUCCUUCUCUGCUCAAAACAUUCUAAUUCCCUUUAUUGGCUCAUUUGGUUUUUAGUCAAUUUGAUUUUACAUAUGGAACUUUAUUAUUACACACAGUGUAACAUACAUUAGGGGUAUGGGUGGGCAUGGUGAUGAUCUGAGCAAAAUGUCUAAAUAAUAUUUGCUUUAUCUCUACAAUGUGCAGCUUUUAGGUUUUUUUCGAUUUUAAACUCUCCAUAUUCUGUAAAUGGAUUAGUAUUGCCACAUUGUUCAUAAACAGAGAACUCAGAAACCAUUUAUUUAAUCCGUCUCUCCCCAAAACCUGUAAAAAGCAAAAACAAAAAAGGGAAUAGUCUGUAUUUGGCAGGUAAGGCCACUAGUCUCACAUUUCUUUAUACAGGUAUGGGAUCCGUUAUCUGGAAACCCAGUAUCCAGAAAUCUCUGGAGGCCAUCUCCAAUAAGACUCAUUUUUUAUAUUUCUAUGUAAUAAUAAAACCGUA